CAAGCGAGAGGGAAAAAAAAUGGAAAGAGCUUGGAGAAGACGCUCUUGACUUUCGCGCGGUCGGUUACCACCGGCCAGCGCCUCCGGGCUCUCGCCGGCGAUCGACUUUCGGGAUAACCGCGCCCUGGGUUCCGGCGCUUUUCCCCAGCGAGGGUCGUGGGAAGGUUUCCGCAGAUGGAGGGGCCGCCACUCCCGACGGGAGAAGAAGGUUCGCAGCCCAGUACAGCGGCGUUGGGCCCGGAGAAGGACCCGCGAAUUUCAGCGUCCGGAUCGUGUCCAUCGACUACUACAUGGCGCGCCCGAUCCCGGGCGUCGAUGUUUGUUACAGCAGCUUUCAAGGUGAAAAAGUGAAUGAGGUUCCUGUAAUAAGAGCAUAUGGUUCAACUCCUGCUGAUCAAAAAACUUGCUUACAUGUGCAUAAGGCUUUACCCUAUUUGUAUGUACCAUGUACAGAUAUUCCUAUCCAUCCAACGUCUGAAGGGGAUGCAUUUACAAAUGCUCUCUCUAGCCAUGGAGAAAGCCUUGAAGCUCAAAGGCAAUGCUGGCGUAAAAUGGCAACACGUGCAUGGUUGCAGCCUUGUACGAGCAAGGAGAUUUUAUGGUUAUCAUGCAUCUGAAGAGCUGUUUGUCAAGAUAUACCUCUAUCAUCCACAUGAUGUCUCACGUGCUGCCAAGCUUCUUUUGGGAGGGGCAGUAUUUGACAGAAGUUUGCUGUGGCAUGAAUCGCAUAUUCCCUAUCUGCUUCAGUUUCUGGUUGACUAUAACUUAUUUGGGAUGGGUCUUCUUCAUCUAAUGAGAAUAAGGUUUCGACAUCCAAUACCAGAUAUUUUUGCUCCAAAGAUAUGUAGUGAUAAUGAUCAAGGAAGACAGGUACGUAUGUUUGUGGAUAGUCAAUGAUACUUGGAAGUUCCUCAUCAGGUUGACUCGGGUAGGGAUGCCCACCUGGAGACUCCUGUUUGGAUAUCAUCUACGAUCCCAGGAAGUUGGAGGUGGUAGCCUCUGGGUAGCUUAGAUGCUUCGUCUGGAGACGUGGCUAAACGUCAGAGCACAUGUGAACUGGAGACGUGGCUAAACGUGAGAUAUCCAAUGUUCUGGAGAGAAUCAUGGCCGACCAGAGAAGAAAAAUGCCGUUGUCUCAUCUGAAAAGAAGAAGUUGGUUGCUUAUCAUGCAUGGUAUAUACGUCCGGUGUAAUGUAGCUAUGGCUGUUGACCGUAGGAUGAGAAUUUUGGAAGUGGCUGAGCAUGCUUUAGUAGGUGCACUGAUGCCUGAAUAAUGAAUAUGAUCCUGUGGCCAAGGUAUCCA